AUGUCUAGCUCCCUCCUCUCUAACUCGGUUUUGCUUACAGACAUUAUUCCUGGGCUAACUCCGCCGCAAGGUAUUUCUCUUAGAAAGAGAAGGCGCUCUGGUGGUUCAAUCAAUGUUUUUACGCUAGCUGGGGCAAAGAAAGGCAAAACGCUUGCGGCUUACAUCAAAGAUUGCAGAGCACACAACACAACCAUCGACGAGUCUCACAUAUGGGGUGCUGCUCGGCAAUUCAUUAGGGCCAUAAACUGGCUCAGUUUUCACGCCCAUAGGAAAAAUCUGUCUCUAUGGGUUCAUGUUCAAAGCCUUUGCAUGGUAGAUGGGCUCCCCUGGUUUGAUACUUAUGGACCUCCCUCUGCAUACCUAGCAUUUCGUCAUACUGUUAAGCAAGAGUUGCUCGAUUUUACUCUCUCAGAGGAAACCUUUUCCAGUUCGGACUUAACCUGGUGUCUUGGCCUUUUCCUGUCGUCUCUGUGCUUGCUAAAGGAGCCAAAAGAUAUUCUGGAUAAUCUUACUUCAUUUGCACAGCAGCAUUCUUUUAUCAAUCCAGAGCUCAUCUGCUCUCACACCUACUCCUCCUAUCUCAAUAGCCUCAUUAAAUUGUGCUUAACGUGCGAUCCAACUAAGCGCCCAGACAUAGGGAUACUUGGCCUAUUGGCAUUCAGCAAGCAGCAUUCGUUGACGGUGGAGACACCAGAGCUCAAUGAUGUAGAGCUCCUGCAGCCUCGAGUCACUGCUCCUGGUAUAGGCAAUGCACCACUACCUGCUAUUGUUAAAACGACAUUGAACCUACAGUUAGAUAGUAUGAUUGCAUGCAUUCUUCAACAUCGCAACGAAGCGUUUCAAGGCUAUAUCUCUUGGUUGGGAGAUUAUUCCAUUGCCAAUUAUGCUAUGUUUAUGGCAUAUAAGGCUCGAAACAUCGACCUUGGAAGAACCAUCAUCAGGCAUAUGACAGAGCUUGGACACCCGCCACCAUCGUACCCCGUACAUCCCCAAGAGACGAACCUUGCAACCAAUCUUAUGACUUGCCUGCUGAAGGUCCCACAUACUAACCUUUUGUCCGAGCCAAUCGUGAACUAUAUAAAGGAGAAUGCAGACGACAUCGGAAUAAAGUACCUCAAUACCAUGAGUAUCAACAUAGCGGCGAUGACGGGCAUUUCCGAGUACCUAGACCAGUUAUUGCUUGAAAUAGGGUUCUACAAGUACGUCAAAACAACCCCCUUGAUGUCAGCCGCCCUCUCAGGUCAGCUUGAGACAGCACAGCCUCUAAUGAUACUAGCAGGGCUCCAAGAUGGAACUGGGGUAACUGCAUUAAUGACGGCCGCGUCUCGAGGCUUUGUUAACGUGGUUGAGCUACUGAAGGAUAAGGAGGCGAAGAUGACCAAUAGCGCAGGCCAAACGGCCUUGAUGCUGGCUGCGCAAACAAAUCAUCUGGAUGUGGUGGUGGCUCUGGCUCCUUCUGAGUCCACUAUGAUUAGCAGUACUGGUAUGACUGCAUUGAUGUAUGCUGCCCAAGGCGGCUAUACAGAUAUCAUCAUGGCACUUAUAAACUACGAAAAAGGUAUCAAACCAAAAACAGGCCAAACUGCGCUGAUUCGAGCGGUUAUCUCGGGCCAGCUCAAAAGCCUACAGCCACUGCUUAGUGAGGCAUGCUUGCAAGAUAGCGGUAAUAACACUGCGCUCAUGCAUGCAGUAAUAAAUGGGAAAGGUAAGUAUAUUUCUUCACUUUUUCCUCUAGAGGCACAGAUGGUAGAUAGCAAUCUCUGGACGGCAACGAUGCAUGCCGUCAGCGCGCAGCAAUACGACAUUUUGGAAGAAAUACUUGACCUUUCGAGCAAUCAUUGUCCAAAUAAGUCGGAGCUGGGGAUGUAUGACCGUCACGGAAACACGGCGCUUAUCAUAGCGCUGUUUCUUAACCACUUUAAAGCAGUGCAGCUGCUUCUUCAACACGAGUGGGAGUACCACUCGUUAUCUGGGGACUCUGUGUUCGAAAUUGCAGUGAUGUCAUGCAGCAAGAAGAUCAUUGAGUUUGUUUAUGCAUUCUGCAAAGAGCGUGACCUUUUAGGUCGGAUCUCCUUUGACAAGGUAUUUCUGCUUUCGCUGAAACGGCGUAGCCUUUGCUAUCCACUACUUCUUUUGCAACUGUUUUCUUCUAGAGUCAAUGGCGCUGCCAAACUACUAUUUUCCAUCAUUGAUCACGGCAUUAUUCCACCAUUAGAUUCAGAGCUUUUUACUUAUUUCUCUUCAAAGCACAUAAAGAGCGCUAUUGCUGUACUUAAGUUCCUGGAAUUGGCAGCCACAGCAGAUCAGCAAAAGUCGCCGUCUCCACAGUUUAAGUUAGAUGAUUACUCACACGAGCAGCAAAUAGCUAUUCUCUUUGGGGCGUUGUCUAGACACAUCACAGACCUUGCGUGCAAAGUUUUAAAAGAAAUGUGUAAGAGGGACACUAACCUUUCGAUUACAGCAGUAACAGAUCACUUUGGACGAUCAGUGCUCAUGGCAGCCAUAGAGGUUGACAAUGCUGUGGGGCUAUCUGCAAUUCUAGCUUUAUUGCCAGAUCUGUUGUCGGUGGAUUGCGGCUCUGCUCUACUUAAUCAUGGGAUUUCAUAUUUGGCCCAUAAUUCGAUGCAGAUAAUAUGCGAUUAUCUAUUAAAGCAUAACAUUCGUUCCAGCGUCAAAUCUCGCGAGGGCUUCACCAGCUCGACUAAGACCCAGUUUAUAAAUGCAGUCACCAAGAGAGAUAAAGAAAAGGUGCUCGAGCUAAGGACCACCGAUGUCUCUCAGAACCAUCCAUACAAUAGCUUUAAUAUUCUCUGGAACUCUGAAACAGGGUGUAGGAGCGCCCUCAUGGCUGCCAACGCCAACGUGGUGGCAACUGAUCUAUACAAGUAUCUGUUAUGUAACAUGGGAAUACAUUCCAUGGACAACUUCACUGCCUUGCAAGACGCAUGCCUGUUGGCCAAUUGGGACGUAAUUAGAUACUUCAUCUUUGAGAAGGAGAUCUCUGGCAUGACGUGGCUGAUGAUUUAUGCUGCAGUUGGAGACAUCGAGCAGGUUAAGAACUACCUCGAUGAGGCAGGUCGACGGGCAGGGUUUGACUAUACAGCCCUUAUUUAUGCCGCCCGUAAUGGACACACAGACUGCGUCAAACUUCUUGCAGAAACAGAGGCUGGUUGCGCUACCACAACGGGCCGCACAGCUCUUUUUUGGGCGCUGCUCAAUGGAUACGAUGCAUGUGCAGAAAUCCUCUAUCCUAAGGAGCACAAGAUUUGCGAUAAUAAGCAGCAGACACCGCUUAUGGCUGCAGCUGCGGGUGGUUCUACGUUAUUUGUUUCGAGAAUGGUGGAGGCUGGCCUCUUCACUGACUCUAUAGAUGUGAAUUGGGAAACAGCCCUGAUGAAGGCAGCAGACGCUAACAGACCUGAAUGCGUGGAGAUAUUAAUGCUUAAAACAAACGACUUGAGAAAAACAACAGACAAGGGCAUGACGGCACUUAUGUUUGCAGCAGCGACGGACGCGACAGAGUGCAUUAAGAAGCUGAUACCAGCAGAAGCCGGGAUGCGCGAUGCACGGGGGUCUACUGCCCUCAUGUAUGCAGCAAGCAAUGGAAGGCUGGAGGCUGUCCGCAUCCUUCUGGAACAUGAAGGUGGGUUAUUGGCCAAUGAUGGAGUCACCGCGCUCUUUCUAGCAGGGAUCCAAGGGCACCUUGAAUGCGUAAAGCUCCUUUAUUUGCGCGAAUACCCUGUCCUAAUAAGAAACAAUUUCAAUCUGGUCGGAGAACUGUCUGCACACCUCUCUGAGCUGGUUGAGAUGUCAUCAAGGGAGGGUCCGAGUGUCAAUGAGUACGACAAUGAAAACUACGAAAUGGAGAGACUCAUUCCCAACCUAUCUAGCUGUAUUGAGUACUUACUGACUCAGCGCGAAUGA